CAAACAUAUCCGAGCGUGCCACUCACACGCUGGAAAGGAGGAGAUACAUACGUACACAUUUACAUGCCACCCACCCACUCACCUACGCACACAAAGAGAGUAAGUUGCGACAGAGCGCAAAAGAGGUUGUUUUCUAUUUGUUGUUUUGGCUUCCAGUGUUGUGUCAUUCUACGUCUGUGCGCUAAAACAGACCCGCCGCAAUCACCAUCAUGUAACCAAGGUCCAGAGUUUCCCUUGCGCCAGGAUUUAACUGACAACUUUGGAUAUGGAUUCACUGACUUACGAGGCUUAGCACCAAGGUUCUGGGGAAACCUCCAUAACUCCACCUGAAUAAAUGUUUCGACAAUGAGGAUACCUGCGUUUGGAUUCUGAUCAGAGGAUAGACGACUUAGAAAGUUCAGUGAAGUAGCAAAAACUUCACCAUAACCGCAUCAGUAACCUCCAGUGUUGGCCUGUAAAAAUCCAUCCGCUAUGCAGAGAGCCUGUGUCUGGACUGUCAGUGCCUCUAUGCUGCUGGUGUUGCUUUGGUCAGGCCCCCUGGUCUGCCAACACACAACAGACCACAGGAAGGUUCCUCAGAGGGCAGAGCCCCAUCAGGAGAUCAGGGGAGAGCAGGGAGAAAUUCAGGGUUCCUGGGGUGCAUGGGGGCCCUGGUCAGCCUGCUCCCGGACCUGUGGAAAAGGGGUACAAGGGCAGAGCAGGCCCUGUCUGCCUGUUUACACUCCAUCCCAUUACCCCUCUAGAAGAGGUGGUGUUCACCCCCAGCAACCGGGCCAUGUCAUUUCAGCCCUGAAGCCAGCAGUUCCUCGGCGACACAACUCAGGCAGGCCCUCCAACAGCAGCCGUCGUGGUCAGCUAAGGAGGGAGCCUCAGCCUAGUGGACAAAGGAGAGUUACUCACAUCAUGCCAGGGAGAUACGGGUAUGGCAGAGAUCCUUAUGUUGCUCCAGUGCAGACAGAUACACGGCAGAGCACUGGGAUGACUCGUUCCCACAAACGGACUCGCUCUCCUGCAACUGGUGCCCGCCACCACACCUCUAGAGGUGCCCGCAGGUCAAAGAAUCAGGACCCUUCUAACAUCAACCAUCGCUACAUUAAUCCCAGAGCCCAGCCGCCCAAAAAUAAUGUCUGGGCCCCCCUCUACCAGCCCGGUUCAGCCAACCAGGCUGAGAACCAUCAGGAACCACAAUCAGGUGACCAGACCUCUGGACCCCAGCAGCACCAAGAGAGACCCUACAACCCCUUACCUUCUUCCUUCUGUUCAGGACAGCAUGCUCACUACAGGAUCUGCAGCAGUGAGGCCUGUCCCCAAUCCAGCCUACACAUCAGGGUUGUUCAGUGCUCUUCUUACAACAACCAACCUUUCAUGGGCAGACUGUACGAAUGGGAGCCUUUCAACGAGGUUCCUGGGGAUCAGCGUUGUGAACUCAACUGCCGGGCCAUUGGGUUCAGGUUUUACGUGCGACAGUCAGACAGGGUGAUUGAUGGGACGCCUUGUGGACAGAAUGAUACCUUACUCUGUGUGGCGGGAAAGUGUACGAGUCUAGGAUGUGAUGAGUAUCUCGGAUCAGGGAAGGUGAUGGACAAGUGUGGUGUAUGUGGAGGGGACAAUACAACCUGCAGGCUGGUCUCUGGAGUCUUCAGGCACAGUUUGUCCAAGAUCGGCUAUCACAAGAUAGUGGAGAUCCCAGAGGGAGCCAUCAAGAUCAACAUCACAGAGAUGGUGAAGAGUCAGAAUUACCUAGCUCUCCGAAGUCAAUCAGGGAGAUCCAUCAUUAAUGGAAACUGGGCCAUUGACCGACCAGGGAAGUAUGAGGGAGGGGGGACCAUGUUCACCUACCGCCGACCCAAUGAAAUCAGUAGCACUGCUGGGGAGUCCUUUCUCGCUGAAGGGCCCACCAAUGAGAUCUUGGAUGUUUAUAUGAUUUUCCAGCAACCAAACCCUGGUGUUCAUUAUGAAUACAUUCUCCCCUCUGAGAAGCCAGUGGGCCCUCAGCUACCAAACCACAGACCAGAAGAGAACACCGUGAAUGGACAGGGCGGAUAUGACCCCCACAGCAACACUCACCAGGAAAACUUCAACCCAGCAGGUGGGGGGAGAUACCCUCCUCAUCUUCCCGAUAUCCAGGUGCCCGCUGCACCGCUACCCAGACGUGAGAGAGAGUACAACUGGAAACUGGCUGGUGCUACAGACUGCAGUGCCUCCUGUGGUAAAGGAUUCAGAUACACCGUCUUUCACUGUGUCCACCGGUUGAGCCACGUCCAGGCAUCAGACACUUUGUGUGACAGCGGCAGCAAACCGAGUCCACAGGAAGAGGCCUGCAGCCUGCAGCCCUGCCCAGCAUUCUGGGAUAUUGGAGAGUGGUCAGAAUGCAGCAAGACCUGCGGCUUGGGUAUGCAGCACCGGCAGGUCCUAUGUCGCCAGGUUUACGCCAACCACACCCUCAACGUCCACACGAGCCGCUGUCGACACCUGGAGCGGCCUGAAACUGCCAGUACCUGCCAGCUGAAGAUCUGCAGUGAGUGGCAGAUCCGCUCCGAGUGGACCGCUUGCUCUGUGCCAUGUGGGCUGGGCCAGAGGUCACGAGAGGUGCACUGUGUCAGCAACAUGGGCGACUUUGUUCCGGAUGAGGAGUGCAACAUGAAUCUGCGACCUGUCGAUGUAGAGAACUGUGACAUGGGAGCCUGUGCCAAGAGCUGGUUCUAUACUGAAUGGGGAAACAGGUGCUCUGCUGAGUGUGGAAUGGGUGUACGGACCCGAGGUGUCCUCUGCCUGUCCAACUACAUCAGCAGCCUUCCUCUGGAGGGGUGUGGCACCGAGCGGCCUGCAGACUCUCAAGUCUGCAACAACGGCCCCUGUGAGAAUCGCAUUGAGUGGUUCACAGGCCCCUGGGGCCAGUGCUCUACAGAGUGUGGCACAGGCAGCCAGCAGAGGUCAGUGGUGUGUCUGAUGAAGUCAGAUGAAGGAUUCACCAUCAUGCCACAGUAUGAGUGCUCCUCCCUGGAGCGGCCCCUCAGCCAGCAGAGGUGCAACCUCAAGGCCUGUGGAGCAAAGUGGUACCACACUGACUGGAGUGCUUGUUCAAAAACAUGUGAAAAAGGUUUCCGUGUGCGUGAGGUACGCUGCUUGUCUGACAACAAGCUGUCUAGUGAGGGCUGUGAUGAGCAGCUGAGACCAGCGGACAGGGAGGAUUGCAACCCAGAGCCCUGCAUACCUCGCGUAGAUGAAAACUGCAGAGACAAGUACAUCAACUGCAAUGUGGUGGUCCAGGCUCGCCUCUGUGUGUAUGAUUACUACAAGAUGACGUGCUGCGCUUCGUGCUCACUAGUGGCCCACAGACAGUCGAUUCAUCAGGGCCGCAGCUAGCACUCUCUAACAGGGUUCCUCAGCUCCAUGUCGAGCCAGACCUAGUGCCCUCUGGUCCACUCUGGUCCAGUGCCAGCCACAGGUGUGGACUGCCUGGGCCUUGCCUAAAAUGGACACUUGUUUUGUUUGUCAAGGACUGAAACUGAAGAAGGAAUAUUCUGUUGGUUCUGCUGGAGACAACCAUUGGGACAAAGGCAUUCCUAGAAAUAAUGGAGGACAGGAGCCGUGGUGAGGCAAGGGAGACUAGUAGCAAGCCAGGGAACCGACUGUGGUUCAGUGGGUAGAGCAGUCAUUUCCCAACCAGAGGUUCAAAUCUCGGUGCCUACAG